UGGUCUCCUGCCAAAGCAGUAAAUAUCACGCGAGCUAGCAGGCAGCACAGGCUAACUAGGUACUCCCAGGUAUCAGCAGAGAAGACCAUGUCUUAUCAGCCCGUAUUAACUUAGCCAGUUAACAAUCCAGCAUCUGUAGGGUGUGUGGUGCGUUUCGAUAAGCGAUGAACCGACAGUCUUUCUCUUUAUUAUAAAGGCGGCUCGUAACUCUUGAAUCAAAUCUGUGGUGACUUAGCUUACCUAGCUUCCAAGGGUAGCCUAGCGCUAGCAAGCCUGAGUUAGCGUCUAAGGGUGCUUUCCUUGCUAGUCACUAUGCAAGCGGAAACCACAGCUUUAAGAAUCACGGAAAACGAAGGCAAGCUGGAUGUAUUUCCCCAGAACAGGACCCCAAGCUCGGGGAGAGCAAGUGCCAAAAGCUGGCAGUAUAGUGACCACAUGGAGAAUAUUGAUGGCUACUUGAUGAAAUACACCAACCUGGUGACAGGGUGGCAAUACAGGUUCUUUGUCUUAAACAAUGAGGCGGGCUUGCUGGAGUACUUUGUGAAUGAGCAGUCACGGCACCAGAAGCCCCGCGGCAUGCUCCCCCUGGCAGGGGCCGUCAUCUCCCCCAGUGACGAGGACUCGCAUACCUUUACUGUCAACGCCAUCAGCGGGGAGCAGUACAAGCUCAGGGCCACUGAUGCAAAAGAGAGGCAGCACUGGGUGAGCAGACUGCAGAUCUGCACACAACACCACACAGAGGCCAUGGGAAAGAGUAAUCCCCCACCCAAGUCCCGGAGCUACUCUAUGGCAUCUCAAGGCAGCGGCAGCUCACCGAUGUCCCUGCGCCGGCCCAGCCAAAACCCUGCCUCCUUAUUCGGCUGGUCGCAGGUCCACAAGGGCUCGUCGCUCUACUCCAGCAAAAGGUCCCUGCUGCCUGACCACCUAAUGGACGCCAGAGAGAUGAUGAGCCAGGCCCAGGGCCAGCACAGAGACCUGAUCCAGAGUAUUGAGGGCUUACCCGCAGCCCCCAGCCUCUCCCCUCUAGACCAGGAUCUGUUGAUGCUCAAGGCUACUUCCAUGGCUACCAUGAACUGCCUCAAAGAGUGCCUGCAUAUCCUACACCUACAGCAGGUGGCCAGACAGAGAGGCUCCCUGGGAGGACCGACCAUCGAGUGGCUGGAGCCCAAGCUGCCUGACCUCCUGAAGAACGGCAGCAGCUCCCUGGGUAGCUUCACAACAGGGGAGGGCCCGUUGGAGGGGAGCCGACUGGAGCUGAGCAGCCCCGAGUCCUGCAGCUUCUCUGGGGAACAGGAAGACAUAGAUGCGGAGGAUGAGGUGGAGGACUCCUUCACAGACAAGGAGGAGGACCUAGGUGCUGUGGAGGAGGAACGCAGCGUCAUCCUACACCUGCUGUCCCAGCUGAAGCUGGGCAUGGACCUCACGCGGGUGGUCCUCCCAACCUUCAUUCUAGAGAAGCAGUCUCUGCUGGAGAUGUACGCCGACUUCAUGUCACACCCAGACCUCUUUGUGGCCAUCACCGACGGCAGCAGCCCAGAGGACCGCAUGGUCCGGUUUGUGGAGUACUACCUCACCUCCUUCCACGAAGGCCGCAAGGGCGCCAUCGCCAAGAAGCCCUACAACCCCAUCAUCGGUGAGACCUUCCACUGCUCCUGGAAGGUACCCAAGGGACCAGAGGCCUCCAAAGAGCCCUCAGAGGGAUGCGCCGACCCGGCCGCCUCCCAGGACUCCUACCAAGUGCGCUUUGUGGCAGAGCAGGUGUCCCAUCACCCCCCUGUGUCUGGGUUUUACGCUGAAUGCCAGGAGAGGCGGAUGUGCGUCAACACGCAUGUCUGGACCAAAAGCAAGUUCAUGGGGAUGUCCAUUGGAGUAUCCAUGAUAGGUGAAGGUUGUCUGUAUUUGCUGGAGCAUGAUGAAGAGUACACCUUCACGCUGCCCUGUGCUUAUGCGCGCUCCAUCCCCACUGUUCCCUGGGUGGAGCUGGGCGGCAAAGUCAACAUCACCUGCGCCAAGUCAGGCUACUCAGCAGUCAUCACUUUCCAGACUAAACCCUUUUAUGGUGGCAAACUACACAAGGUAACAGCGGAGGUCAAGCACAACCCCACCAAUGCGGUGGUGUGUCGUGUGCAGGGCGAGUGGAACGGUGUUUUGGAGUUCAGCUACACCAGCGGAGAGACGAGGGUGGUAGACGUCACCAAGCUGCCUGUAACGAGGAAGCGCGUUCGGCCAAUUGAGAAUCAGGGACCAACUGAAUCCAGGCGUCUGUGGCAGCAUGUGACAGAGUCCUUGCGGCAGAAGGAUAUCGACAAAGCCACAGAGCACAAGAGGAUUCUCGAGGAGAGGCAGCGGACAGAGGAGAGGCACCGGGCUGAGACUGAAACAGCUUGGAGGACCAGGUACUUUGACAGAGAGGGUGAAGGCUGGAUUUAUCACAAACCACUUUGGAAAAACUCUGCAUUCAAAUCCUAGUUUCUUCAGUCUGUAUCUUGGAUGUUGAUAUUGUAGAUUCAGGAAUGUGUGUGUGUGCGUGCGUGUGUGUGCGUGCGUGUGUGUGUG